AUGACGACCUUAAUGCGCCUGAAGACUGCAUUCCAGGCCCGAUCCCCAGUUACAGCUCUCUCCAUAGCGCACACUCAAACACCUCGCGCCUCCAUAUGCCGAGGCUACGCGACCAAAUCCUCGAAUGACCCCGAGCAAGCCACAACCGAUACAGGCUCGCCCAACCGCCCAAUCCCUUCCAAUAAAGCAAAACCCACCCUCAACGAGGGAGAGAAAUCGCCUCUUGUAGACCGAGAGGGGAAUCCGAAAAAAGAUAUUCCCGAGGAUGUGAAGAAGCACAAUCAGGAUAUGGAGCAGCGGUAUGAUAAGCCGUAUAACGGUACUGCUGAUGAUGGCACGGUCAAACCUGCUUUCAAGGGCUAG